AGACUGAAAUGGCAUGACAAUUCGAUUUGCAAAUGCGCAGCGCGAGUUUCGAAAUUAAUAAAUAUGAUUACUGACGAACGACCUAUGGUAAGUUUAUUUUUUCUUGACGAACACUCGAGACGCUUGCAUGUUUUAGCACUAGAAGUUCAGCUUUCGCUUUUCAGCACAUAAAGAAUACGUAUGAUCAGCACACAAAAAAAUGCCACACGCAGCUGUCGCCCACGACGAGAACGUCGAGGCAAGACUCUCGUCAUCGCCGGGAUCUGGACACCGUGAGGCUUAUGGCGAGCUGCGAAAGGCACUUAGGACGCUGGUGAGAAGAAGAAAACUGCAUGCUUUGGACGGACUAGAAGGACAGGAAAUCGUGGAGGUCUCUCUUCCAAACAUUCCAGUUCCUGGCUAUGUUCGUCUUGUCGAAGAUGUGAAAGGUGAAUCUCCAAAAAGCUCGUCCUCGUCCUCAACCCCACCGCUUUCCUCGUCGAGUUCGAGUACAAGGCCGGAUGGAACCGGUUCCGUUUUGUGGCCUGCUAGCGUUCUCUGUGCCCGCUUCCUGACAUCGACCUUUUUGCCGGAGACGAUCGCGCUCUCGGUGUCUAAGCGGGCUUUUAGUGUGGUUGAGCUUGGAUGCGGAUUAGGCUUGCCAGGUAUCGCUUGUGCUCAUUGGGGUUCUUCAACCUCGAGUGGGAGUCAUUUUCAAAACGGCAGAGAAGACGGUGGAAAGGAAGGCUCACGAGACCCGGAGCAACAUGACCUUCCUGUACGUGUGUGGCUGACGGACCAGUGUGCGGCUGCUCCGUCCGUAAAUCGCGACCUUCAGCCUGAAUGUGUAAGGGAACAAAUUGAAGUUGGAGUGCUUUCGUGGGGCAAGGACCAGGUUCCAGAAGACCGCAGGCAUACCGCAGAUCUUAUCCUUGGGACAGACUUGCUUUACUGUCAAGAAGCCUCCGUCAUGGAGAAACUUGUCGAAACUAUCGACGCUUUGCUGAAAAUAAAGCCGGAUCAUCACGAUGAACAUGAAGAAGUGGAAGCAGAAGGAGCAGGAGGAAACUUGCCAGGAGAGGAUUCGUCCUCUUCGAAUUCAACUGCCGCACGACCAUGCGCAUUGAUUGCGUUUGAGAUGCGUGGGACAUGGUUCACGCAGGUAGAUCUUUGCGACAUGGCGGAAGCUGCAGGAUUUCAGAUAGAAACGUUAGAGUUAAGUUUUCCUAGAAACGAAAACAAGCAUCUUUUUAAUGUUGAUUCUAGAGAGGUAAAGGUUUACAAGGGUGCUGAAGUCGAACAUCAAGCACUAGAGGUCCCACCCUCAGCAUCACAUACAAAUGACGAAGAUGACAACUGUCUGCGUGAUGACCCAACGAGGAACGACUUUUUCCUUUAUGUUUUGACGCGAGCCCGAUGUGGAUGAUUAUUAUCGAUCCGACCUUACACCCAUCCCCACAACCCCAUCUCCUGGUAUAUUCGACUUAUAGGGCAGAGAUCAUGCGCAAUCACGAAGCGCGGCGUAGAUCGAAGUAGUGUAGUCAUCUUUUACACUCCUGGAGUGGGUACAUUCAUUCAUUCCUUAUACGAAUACGGCGACAAUCACAAAGGUAUGAGCUAAAUAAGAUAAGAGCAGCAUUGAACAAAAGGAAAAUUC